UUCUUUUGUUUCAACUUCUUCUAGUUUGUAAUUUAUUGGUGUUGGAUUUCAAUUCAGUGAUUUUUGGUUGUAUUACUGGAGCUAUUGAGGUUUUUACAUGAGUUUCAUGUGUUUGGAGAAUUCACUAUAUUAUUAGUAGUAUAAUGAUAAAUUGGUGACAAAGGCGGACCUAGGAUUUAAAUUCUAGGGGUUCAACAUCUUAAAUUUUUAGCACUAAACCAUUAUAUUUCUUAAGUUAUGAGUUCAUAUCUACUAUUUAUUAUAAUUUUAGUAAUUUUUUACAUAUAAAUUUAUACCCUGCAACGAAAGUUUGGGGUUCAAUUGAACCCCAAGUUAUAGUGCUCCAUCCGCCUCUGAUUGGUGACUAAUUUGAUUUCUAGUUUUAUUGGUGUGAGCUUGGAGUUCCCAUAUUACUGUGCAAUUGUGAUUAUUUUCUUCAGUGUAAUUAGUUUCACAUGAGAAAAUGUUCAUUAAUGCAUAAAUUGAAGUCCCUAGAUAGAAGGUUGUAGAUAAAAAAUGAAGUUGUCUGAUGCAAAGAAACGACAUACCUGUGAUUUAUUACUAUUCAUGCAGCAAAUAUUGAGUUAAUGUUCUUGAACCAUUUAGAAAAUGCAUUUACCUGUGGUUUGAAGAAUUCAAGGUAAGAAAAUUGAUAUUACUAUUCAUGUUCAAAUAUUGGUGUUUAAGGUUAUAUGACUAAUCUGAAUUUCAUUUUGAUAUAUAUUAACUAUGUUAUAAGAUAUUGUAGAAGAAAUUUAGAUGGCUCCCUCACUACAAUGAUGCUAUACAUCAGAAUUUUAACAAAACGGCAGGUGCAAGAAUGACCCAACUUUUUCAAGAUGUUAAAAAAGAUUUGACUGUGAAGCCAAAUUGGAUGGGGGAUGCAGUAUUUAAGGAGAUGAAGGAGUAUUGGGAGUCUCCUAAAUUUAAGUCAAAGUCAGAACAAAACAAAAAGAAUCGAGAUGCAAAUGUAGGUGCCUCACUUGAUACAGGUGGUUGUAUACCUCAUCGUGUGAUUUGGAAGAGGAUGAAGGAAACUACUGGAAAAGAAUCUUCAGUUUUGGAUUUUUAUUUUCUCACUCAUAGCAAGGAAAAAGAUAAAAGUUGGGUAAAUGAGAAAGCUCAAGCUGCUUUUAAUAAAUUUGAAAAAAGAAAGAAGAAUUAUUAGCUACUCAAAGUGCAUCAGUUGAUGGAGACACUAAUUCAGCUAGUCAGCCAUCUCCAUUAAGUGACAUGGAUAUUUGGGCGCUAUCAGUUGGUGGAAAGAAAAAAGGAGGAGUUGGAGGUCUUGGCUUCUUGGGUAGAUCUGUAAAAGUGCCUAGGCAAUCAACAUCUGCAACGCCGGACGAAGUUGAUGAGAUUAGAUCUCAAGUUCAUACUUUAAAUUCCGAGCUAUAUAAUCAAUUGGAAGAAACGCAACGUGAAAAUGAAGAGAUGAGGCGCCAAAACAAGAAGAUGAAGAAAGAGUUAGGUGACACAAAUAAGAAGCUAGAAGCAUUGAUGAAGCAUCCGCGUUUCUCGGAAUCAUCUUCAAAUGCACAACAAUCAUCUUCGGAAGACAAUCAAGAUUCUGAGAGUGCUAGGGAUGAUAAUGCUGAUUCUGAUAAGUCCAAUGGAGAUGAGUAUCACUAUGAUCAGAAUUAAGAUAUUUGAUAGUAAUACUAUUUAGCAUUUAUGUAGUUGGAAGUUUAUUUAUUUUAGUGCAACAACUUCAAAUACACUCUCUCGUUGAUGACAGUUGCAAUGACUUCUAUAUUUUGAAUGAAAAUGACUAGAUUAGAAU